UUCACCACUAAUUACGACUCUCACAAGCAUGGCAUCAGCGAGCAGCUCCGCACAGGCCGCCUUCGGGUUGGGCCGCAGGAAGAAGAACCCCGGUGUUCUGGAUCAGAUUGGAAAAUUCUUUGGAGUGGACAAAAAGAAGAAGAGCAAGGGGUCUUUCCGUGGUGCCCUCUCUCCCACCACCCAGAAAGCCUCUGCUACAUCCCCCCGUAAGCGAGGGCCAGAGAACGCAGUCGUCCACUUCUUCCGCACCAUCGUUUCUCCCACCCCCCCAAAGUCAAGGUGGAGAGGACUAGCAGCCAAAAUAGGCCUGGGUGACCAGAAGUCACAGUCUGCUAAAGCCAAGAGGUCCAGUGGAGGAGACGGCAAAGGCACCCUGACUAGGAUCUUCAAAAUGUGAUGAUAACAACAGAAGCGGAAGCCGCAGCUCUUCUCCAGCUAGGCGCUGAAGUUCCAACAUCCCCUUAGAAGCAAAGGACAAGAUGCGGGCAAGGAGAGAAAGAAAAUACAAUUUUGUGACCUUGAAAAUUUACCUUUGACUCUGAUAACACAUAAUAGUGUCUAAAUCCCGGUCGUCUGCCCCGUUGUGUCUUUUCCCUCAGUGGCUGGCAGAUAGCCACACGAUCUUUUACCUGCCUACGUCCUUUCCUGAAGGUGACCCUGAAGCCGCUCUCGCGCAUCCCUAAUGAUCCCCUGACAACUGCCAUGACUGUAUAAAGUGCUUGAGUUUUGCUCCUGUCUGAGUUCACUACAAUACACACAAAAAAAUGCGGAGAAGAGUCAGAUCUGGAUUGGGAGAGGAAAAGUUAUUAACUUGGCUGUUGUUGCUGCUUAUUGCGAAACCAGCCCGCUCCUUCUCUUUGUCUUGUCGUCAUGUCUGUGUCUAUGUCUUUACACUUUCCCUGUGCACAUAAAAAGGAAACUACGUUAUAAUUUUGUGACACAAUUAACUCCACUUAAUUUACUCUCCGGUUGUAAUGUGAAAACCACCUCCCUGUUUCUGGUAGGUGUGCUGUCUUCAAUGUGAUCUACAUGUUUGUCAUUUGACUGAUUGUGGUUAUAGAUUGACAUUCUCAACCACUUAAAAUAUUUUCCGCAACGAGCACUGAAACAACACGUACAUUCGUCACUUCUAAUAAGUUCCAUACAUUUUAAAGGCACAUUGCAAUUUUGCCCUCCGUGCACGUCGCUAGUCUUUGAACGUGCAGCAGUUCCUGCCUUUCAAGCUUUUUAGUCUCUUUGUCUUCCGCCUCUCUUCUUGCCUGCUCAAACCAACUGCUGUUUUCUUUUGGUGGAUUACUGAAACGAACAAACAAAACACAAUUUCAAAAAGGUGCUCCCCGAUUACGUGAAUGAAAACGUCCGUGGUGCUUCUGUCCCGAUGUCAAGAAACCAAAUAAUGGCUCACCGAAUUGCAGACCGCCCUUACUUGAGAUGAAUUAAAAACUUCGUGUGCGUGCAAGCAUAAAAUGUGGCAUCGGUCUACAAUGUGUGUCUGUAAAUCUGCUUCCCAUGCACCCUCCGAAUGAAUGUAAAAAAAGACCCCUCCUUUUUAAUCAAUUAUAUAGCCACACUUACCUGAAAAUAAAAAUAUAAAAGCCCCAUA